AUGGCGUCGUUGACGAAAACGUAUCUCGCCGCCUACAAUCUCGCGCAGGCCGCUGGAUGGGCCGCGGCGCUGGCCGCCAUGAUGCGCAGCGCCGCCACCACCGCCUCCAUCACCGGCGCCUUCCACUCUGCGUGGCCCCUUGUCUACGUGUGUCAGUUCGCGUCCAUUCUCGAGGCCGUGCAUGCCGCCACGGGGCUGGUGCGGAGCGGAGUGGUGGCGCCGCUGGUGCAGUGGGUGGGGCGGAGUUUCGUGCUCUUCGCGGUCGUGGGGCGCACGCCCGCCCUCCACACGCACGCCGCGCUCUUCGUGCUCCUCGCCGUCUGGUGCUGCUCCGAGGUCAUCCGUUAUCCGCAGUACGCGCUCUCGCUGCUGGGCACGUGUCCGCGCGCGCUGACGUGGCUGCGCUACUCGGCGUUCAUCCCGCUCUACCCCAUCGGCAUGUUCGGCGGAGAAAUGGUGCUCAUCUACAGCGCGAUUCCCUUUGUCAAGGCGGAGCGGCCCCUCGACUUCCUCUUUGCAGCCCUGCCCUUCGACUGCCACCACGUCCUCAUGGUCAUCCUGGCGGCGUAUCCGCUCUUCUGGCUGCACCUCUACACGCACAUGUUCCGCCAGCGCCGCGCCAAGCUGCACCCCAAGAGCCACAAGGGCGGCAAGAAGCCGCACAAGGCCAUGGCCAUCGUGCCCAUGUCACCGGAAAUGUUCGCGCAAGCCACCUCCGACCGCCCCGCUGCUGCCGCUGCUUCCAUGGCCAAGGGCACAGCGCCUAUAGGGGCUGUGGGCGCUGCAGCGGCUAUAGGAGGGGGUGGCGUGUGGCUCACGGCGCCACACACACACGGCAGCGAUGCGCGUGUGCGCACUGCUGGCGCGCGGCUCUCUGCCGUGGCGGGUCAACAAUAG